UAUCCAAACUGGUCCCAAGGGAACACAAGGGUUGGAUGAACCGAGUCAUCCAGAGUAAACCCAAGAGGAAAGCCUUGAAACCCUUUCCCUCUUCUCGUCAACCCCCUUCCCUCCUCCCUCAUCUCGGAUAAAAAAAUAAAAUGAGUUGGGGAGUUGGGGGACCAAGGGAGUGGUAUCUCCGGGCCUUCAAACCCCUCUUCCUGGGUUAAUCCAAAUCAUCUGAGGGCUGGGUGUAAGCGGACCCCAGGAGUCAGGAGACUGGGAACAGAGAAGAGAAGCAAACAAAAGAAAGCAACAGUAGAGAAGAAGAAGGAAGGUAGCAAUUUUCCCCAAGGUAUUAAUCCCAAGAAGAGGACGACGAGGAGGGGAGGAAGAAAAGAAAUUUGGGGUAUUUUCUUUUCUUUUUCUCUGGAUUACCUACACCCUCCCCUCUCUUCUGUCGGAGACUUUUAUCUGCUUUUCAAGGGAAGAUGGCUUUGAUUUCUCCCUGAAAUGGUGAACUCUUGAACUAGGCCCACAAGUUAUUUUUCACAGAAAGUCUUUCUUCCAUUUGCUAAUAAGUGUUCCUCGAAAGCAUUCUUCAGUUAUAACUCCAAUGGUUCUCUGUGUGUGUGCGCGCGCUCUCUCUCUCUCAUAAAGAUAGUCUGUCAACUAUCUAAUUUGCAGUUUGUUGCUGAAUGAACAAUACCUAGAACCUGCAAGAGGCGUCAGAAGCUUUAUAUAUUUAUCACUACAAGUGAAUGCGGAUAUGGAUGACAGUGGGCAGAGGGAGAACGGGAGGCACAAGACAGAUCAAUAUAAACAAGUGCACACACAGUGGAUGAUGCCUCAACAUCAGCUAAAGGAGAACCAUACUAUAAAGAUCAUGACCAUCAUGGCUGAGCGUGACAAUGCUAUUCAAGAACGCAAUAUAGCUCUUGCCGAGAAGAAAGCUGCUUUGGCUGAACGAGACAUGGCGAUCCUCCAACGUGAUGCUGCAAUUUCGGAGCGGAAUAAUGCCAUCAUGGAACGAGACAAUGCUAUUGCAGCUCUUCAGUAUGCUCGUGAGAAUGGCUUGAAUGGUAAUGGUGCAUCUGCAUGCCCUCCCGGGUGCACAGCUCGUGGGACAAAACACAUUCAUCACCACCAGCAGCAACACCUUCAGCAUAUUCACCUCUCACCACCACAACUAUCAGAUGCUCCCUACAACCACACAAGAGAGAUGCAUAUAACUGAGGCAUUUCCAAUCUCAACAGCUUCAGAGGGUGUUGCGAAGGGCAGAAAGGCUAAACGGCCAAGGAAGGAGAACAAAGUCCAAAAUUCUCCAUCCAAGAAGUCUUCAAAGUCCCCGAGGAAGAGCAGAAAAGGUGGAGGUGAAGACUUGAACAGGCAGGUCACUAUUGCAAAGCCGGCCAGUGAGUGGAGGAAUGAGGUCAGAGGUGGGGAUGAUCUCAACAAGCAGGUAGCUCUGACAAAGCAUCAGGAGUGGAAGGGUCAGGAUCUGGGUCUGAACCAGGUCACCUUUGACGAAGCAACGAUGUCCACACCUGUCUGCUCAUGCACAGGAAAAUACCAGCAGUGUUACAAGUGGGGGAGUGGAGGGUGGCAGUCGGCUUGCUGCACCACCACGCUGUCCAUGUACCCGCUGCCGGUGAUGCCAAACAAGAGGCAUGCUCGUGUGGGAGGGCGCAAGAUGAGUGGUGGUGCAUUCAGAAAGCUCCUCAGCCGACUCGCAGCAGAGGGCCAUGAUCUGUCACAGCCGGUGGACCUUAAGGAGCACUGGGCUAAGCAUGGAACAAAUCGUUAUAUCACAAUCAAGUGAGGCAAAUGCUGUGAUGAGUCUUAGGUUUUAAGAAUUAGGCUAGGGAAAAGACCAGUUUUUAUGAUUCAGCCUUCUUUUUGUUCCCCUAGAGGGAAUAUGAUGGCUCCAGAGGAGCAUAGGAUUAGGAUCUUAGUGAACAUGGGGGUGAUGUGCUGAUGUUAGGUGGUUGGUUACUCUGUCUUUUGUGUCAUUGCCCUGGGAGUGAAAACUUGGAAAUGGAAUUUGGCUCCUGAAUAUGUACUUUAAGUUAUGUAUAUAUAUUUUUAAUUUCACCAGACACGAUGAGCUGGUAUUUGCUGAAA